GACGCGUCCGAGGCUGCUUCCUGAUCAGAGACUAACACUAGUACUGGACCAUUAUAAACUCAUAAUACGCAAUGGUCUCCAUAAACGUAUCCGCAGCGGGGAAGCCAAUUUCUCUGGCUCGUGGUCUCCCCAUGGUCGUGGAACUUUCAGGAAAGCAACUCGAGGACGCGACUAUUGCAGAUGUCAAGAGCGCGAUAGCUGAAAAAUAUCCUAGAUUCUACUUAGAACGCCAAAAAAUUACCCUCAAGGAUUCCAAGAAUGUUCUAGCCGAUGAUAUUACAUUGAAGAUUGCUGGUGUAGCAGAAGGCGGGGAGUUGUCUGUAAAAGACCUCGGCCCGCAAGUGAGCUGGAAAACUGUAUUCUUAGUUGAAUAUGCUGGCCCACUGUUCAUCCACCCAGCGAUUUACUACUUCCCCAAGCUGUUUUAUGGUGGUUCUGUGCUGCACAGCAUGCUACAACGCUAUGUGUUAGCAUUUGUCAUGCUGCACUUCGCCAAACGAGAGCUAGAAACGUUGUUCGUGCAUCGUUUUUCGCAUGCGACUAUGCCCUUCACGAAUAUCUUUAAGAACUCUGCUCAUUAUCACCUUGGAAGUGGCCUUGCCCUUGCGUACAGCAUUUACAGUCCUGUAUAUGGUGCUGCCUCGCCCUACAUCCGUGGCACAGUUCGCAAUGAUCCUCUGUACAUUCAAGCAGGCGCUGCUAUCUGGCUGUUCUCCGAAAUCUCUAAUCUUAUUACUCACAUCAAGCUCCGUGCCCUCCGGCCUGCAGGAAGCCGCAAACGCGCCAUUCCUCGAGGGUACGGCUUCAACCUCGUCUCGUUCCCUAACUACUUCUUCGAAUUCCUUGGGUGGUUGGUUAUCGCGGUUCUCACAGGAAGUUACGCUGCAUGGAUCUUCCUGGUCAUUUCGACGUAUCAAAUGUAUGUCUGGGCCAUCAAGAAACACCGUGGAUAUAGGAAAGAGUUUGGGAGCGAUUACCCAAGGGAUAGGAAAGCGAUGUUUCCUUUCCUUGCGUAAGUGGUGUGUGACAUAUCUUAGUAGCAUGCCAUCAUAUGUGUGCGCUAUAUCCGAGGAUGAUUGCUCUCAUAUCUACGGGAACCACUAUGAUUCUCUGCGUGUUCUUACAUUUCGCCUCGUGGACCGAAGGUAAAACGCG